CUCUCUCUCUCUCUCUCGCUCGCUGUAUUCAGUUUCUCUUAUAUUUACGGUGGCAGUGCGAGGACAAAGCGACAGAGAAUCAUCAUUCGUAAUCGCGUAGACGGGAUUCAUUGUUGUGUGUGUGUGAGUUGGUUGGUGCCCGUCGCGCGUAGUUUUUCUCUCCUCGUCGUCGUCGUCUGUCGCUGUUUGCUUUCAUUUUAACCAUAUUAUUAUUGUCCCGAGAAAUUAAAAAUGAUUGUGAGACCGAUUUUUUAAUCUCUCUGCAGCAGUGGCAGCAAAGUUGCGCGCGCGUCGUGCUGCGCGCUUUGAAAAAUCGCAUUCAAAGGCUCGUGGAUUCGUUAAAAGCCUGCUCAAAGUGAUUUAAUUGUGUUGUUUCACUCGCCUGGAUUAAUAGCUGAAGAAAAGAACAUGUGUUCGCGAGUGUUGGUUUGGUUUUUACUGUCGAGAUUGACAGACAUGAUUUUUGCUGCUGAGAGGCCACACAUCAUUUUCAUAAUCGCCGAUGAUUUGGGCUGGAACGACGUCGGAUUUCACGGAUCAGGACAAAUCCCAACUCCUAAUAUUGACGCGCUCGCCUACAGCGGCGUCAUAUUGAACAGAUACUACGUCACUCCCAUAUGCACGCCUUCGAGGAGCGCCCUGAUGACUGGAAAAUAUCCGAUUCAUACCGGCAUGCAGCGUGGGGUACUGAUGGGCGCAGAGGCUCGAGGUCUCCCUCUCAACGAAAAGCUAUUGCCCGAAUAUUUAAAAGAAUUGGGUUAUCGUAAUCACAUAGUUGGCAAGUGGCAUCUAGGCUUUUAUACGAAAGAAUAUACUCCGACCUACAGAGGCUUUGAAAGUCACUUGGGAUAUUGGACCGGUCAUCAAGAUUAUUACGAUCACACGGCCGUUGAAGAGCGUUACUGGGGCUUGGACAUGCGGCGGAAUCUGGAGCCGGCCUGGGACCUGCACGGCAAGUACUCCACGGACGUGUUCACGGGCGAAGCCGUCAAGCUCGUUCAGAGUCACAACGCCAGCCAGCCGUUAUUUUUGUAUCUGGCUCACGCGGCGGUGCACUCGGCGAAUCCUUACAAUCCGCUACCUGCGCCGGACAAUGUCGUCGAAAAAAUCCAGAUACCCGAGUACAAGAGACGUCGCUUCGCUGCUAUGGCCAGCGUAAUGGACACGUCAGUCGGCGCGGUGGUCGAGGCGCUGGAGAAAAAAAAUAUGUUGAAAGACAGUAUAAUCGUUUUUACGACCGACAACGGUGGACCCGCUCAAGGCUUCAACUUGAAUGCCGCUUCAAACUGGCCUCUUCGUGGCGUUAAAAAUACUCUCUUUGAAGGUGGAGUGCGAGGCGUCGGAUUGGUUUGGUCGCCACGUCUGUCGAAUCCCGGCCGAGUCUCGAAUCGACUGUUCUCGAUCAGCGACUGGCUGCCGAGCCUGCUGAGGGCCGCGGGUGGCGAUCCCAGCAACAUCACGGGCAUCGACGGUCUCGACGCCUGGCAGUCCUUGGCCGAGGAUCGAGAAUCGCCCAGAACGACGAUUCUCCACAACAUCGACCAGGUCGUCGGGGUGGCGUCGAUCAUGCAAAACGAGUGGAAGCUCGUACAAGGCUCGACGUACGGCGGCAAAUGGGAUCACUGGUACGGGCCCGCGGGACGCGACUACAGCUACGACGUGGAUAGCGUCGUCAGGAACUGCCCAGUGGCCCGAGCACUGAAGAGCCUCGGCCGGGGCUUGAACGCGACGAUCGUCGGCCAGUUGAGGAGUCGAGCAACCGUAGAGUGUCCUUCGAAUACGACGCAGCAGGCUUGCUACCCUUCCAAAAGUUCCUGCCUGUUCAACAUUUUCCAGGAUCCUUGCGAGAGACAAAACUUGGCUGCGGAACACCCAGACAUACUUCAAAAGCUCGAGGAGGAACUAGUUAAGCUCAACGCCACGGCGAUACCACCGGGGAAUCUUCCGUGGGACAAAAAAGGCAACCCAGCUCUCUGGGAUCAUACUUGGAAUAAUUUUGGAGAUUAUCAGUGAACUACUUUGGGAGCAUAGAGUUUGAUUAAAUCAGGCUCGUCACUCUUUCCUUUGUGUAACAAUUGAAACUGUGAUUUCCCUCCUAUAUCUUAAGCCCGGAGAAAGUAAUUAACGUAAGCUAAUGUUCUUUUUAUUUCUCUUUUUAAUGUACUUUUUAUUGUAUUUUCUUCCGAAUUUGGAAAAUAAAAACAUUUUUAUUUUAAAUCGAUUUUACAAUUUCCAUUAGGCAAAUUGUUAUUUCUCCGAUGAAUAUCAAAAAAGUUGUAACUCAUGUAUG